UUCGUUCAACUUCGUUCACAUUCUAGAACGAUUCGAUUUUCUGAAUCAUUCAUCGUCAAAAAGUGUGUUUUCAUUUCAAUUUUAUUGGUCGCGAGUCAAAUUCAAACAUUAUUUGAUAAUUCUUUUCAAGAGAUAUUUAGCCUUAACUGUGCAUAAUUGCAUUGCAAUAAUUGCGAGUAUUCAAUAUAAAUAAGUCAAUAACCUACAUAAUCGCUUAAAAUAAAAUAUAGCCACAAAAAUGUCUGAAGCUAAAAUGAAAGAGUUACGCAGUGACAUCGAUGAGUUGAACGAGCUACUAAAACAGGCGAAAAGAAAGAGGGCUCAAGACUUAUUGUCACUAGAAAUUAGGAAAUUGGAAACAGAAUGGCUAAAUCUGAAGGAAAGUGCACAAUCUUUGCAAGAUGGAACCUCACCGGCACCGUCCACCGCAGCCGCUUCACAACCGAAAAGAUAUCAAAUUAAACUGAAUGGAUAUGGUUGGGAUCAGUCUGAUAAAUACAUAAAAGUUUUUGUUACGCUAAAGGAUGUCCAAUCUUUGCCCAAGGAGCAAGUUUUCUGUAAGCUAACAGAUAAAUCCAUGGAACUACAUGUGCAAAACUUGGAUAACAAAGACUACCUUCUUGUUAUCAACAAACUAUUGGAAUCCAUUAAUGUUGAAGAGAGCCAUUGGAAACAGAAAACAGAUAUGGUAGUAAUAUUCCUAGCUAAGGCACGCCCCAAUAUCAAGUGGUCCCACAUGACAGAGCUUGAGAAGAAGUUCGAAGACCAGCGCAACAGUAAACUUAAACCUGCAACUCCUGAUAUGGACAAAACGGAUCCACAGGAAUCUAUUAUGAGCCUUAUGAAAAACAUGUAUGAGACUGGGGAUGAUGAAAUGAAGAGAAUGAUUUCAAAGGCUUUUUAUGAAGGACAGCAUAAGAAGAAAACCGAUACUCUAGAUCUGUAGAUGUAUAAGCUUGAAAAUAGAAUAAAUAUGUGAAAUAAGAAUAAAUGCAAUCAGAUUUAUUA